ACGGGCAGUUACUCUAGGAGAGCUGGACAGGGCCGUAGAAGCUCCUCAACCCAUCAGCAGGACCGAUAUCUGCUGCUUUGUGCAAGGAGGAACAGGUUGAGCACUGUAAUGUUAUGGUGCGUUCAAGAGCUUGGGACAUAGGAAAACUCACAGAGAAACAAGCUAUUACUGCACAGAACUUAGUUCAAUAAACAAUUUAACAAUACAUUAACAGUGCUGGCUUUCGAACAGUCAUGAAUGUCAAACCAGAGACAGGUUCUCAUUGCAUUCUAUGAGAUAGGGUCCCUGUUUUACUGCAUUCUUGAAAAGUGCAGUAGCGACACAGGAACUGGAGCUUUCAUAGGGAAGGGAGGGUCAUCUCAGCUGUUGAUUACAACAUUUUUGUGAUGAGUAGAUGUAAACAGAGACGACACUCAGAGCUGACAGGUCGGGCAGUGGAUUGUAAUACAACAUUUGAACAUGACCGUGUGCAACUGUAGAAUGUGGCCUGUGACUGUCUUCAUAUUGUGGACCUGGAUGCUGGAUGCUGGCUGUGAAACACAAAAUCAAGCAGAGGAGGUGGAGAUUUUCAAUUCUGACAAAGAGGCCACACUGAGCUGGAAAUCUGAACCACCCUCACAAUGGAGUGUAAUUCAUCUUGGUACACAGAGUCGAGUGCCUGUGCUCCAAGCUUGUGGAAGAAGAAUUACAAGAACUAUUUUAAGCCACUGGAUGGAGCGCCAAGAAGCUCACUAUCUAAUGAUGGAUAUUAAAUUAGCUCAAGAAGAGGAGCCACCUGGCCAGCUUGGCCCACUGAGAGUUCAUCUUUUUGAUACAGACACACCCAUCAAAAAGUUUUGGGAUAGCUCUAUUGUCCUGGAAAUCCAGGCCCCUAAGCUUUUCCCUACAAUCCAAUCGAUAUCCAGCUACCUGGAUCACAGCAUGACCCUGGACCUGGGCUCAGUCAGCCACAGAGGCUUCCAGCUCGCCUUCUCCUACUCUGGGACAUGCGUGCUUUUAACGUCAAUAAAACUCUACUACAAGAGGUGCUCGGACACAGUGGGCAACCUGGCAUUGUUCGGCAGAACAGGGGCCGGGUCUGGGCCACUGACAGGUUCUUGUGUGAAGGGAGCAGUGGAGGUUUCUCCACCAGUUAGAGAGUGUAAUUUAAAUGGAGUGUGGGGGCCACUGCAGGGGGGAUGUACCUGUGAACCUGGGUAUCAAGUCAUGGACGACACCUGUCAAGCAUGUAGGAUAGGCUACUACAAACCAACCAAUGACAGUGCAGAAUGCCAGCUGUGCCCCGCUCAUUCCAGGACACAUAGGGAGGGAUCGGAGAGAUGUGACUGUCUGCAGGGUUUCAGCCGCCUACCAACAGACCCCUUGGACUUCAACUGCACCAAGCCGCCCUCUGCUCCAGUGCAUCUAAAAGCCCAUCAUCAAAAUGACUCAGUGCUGACAGUGACGUGGGAUCCUCCUCUUGACAGGGGAGGCAGACAGAAAGUGACAUAUGACGUCAGGUGUGAGAAGGAAGCAGAGGCUGGUGGUCGGUGGGAGUCAUGUGGGGAUCAUGUGAUUUUCCUGCCAGACUCAUCAGGGCUUAACGGCACAUCGGUCAGCAUCACAGGACUGGACCCACAGUGUGACUACAGACUGACAGUGCAAGCCUUGAAUGAUAUAUCCAUCCAACAGGGGACACGGCAUGCAUCCACUGCCACUGUCACCAUUCAUAGAUGGAAAGUUCCUUCUGUCGUGAUCACUGUGAGCCCAGGCGUAAACAUCACAGAACUUGAAAUGACAGUAGAUCCUCUGGGCCAGAGACACUUCCCAAAGUGGCCGAUUGUUGGUGCUCUGCUUGGUAGCCUACUGUUCAUGGCUGUAAUCCCCAUAGCUGUAUGCACCCUGUACCGAAACUACACUAAACUCAGAGAGGAGCAAGAAAUUGAGCUUUUGCCAGUGAAUCCUGGAAUUUCCUACCAACCUCCACAGGUGGUGGAGCCUACAACCCAGCAGGCCAACAGGGAGGAAGGGGUGGUCCAGAUGUUGGAAGGGUUCAGUGGAAGCCUGCUAGCCAGUCUGAAGGAGGUCCUGGUGGAGAGAAACAAGCUGACCCUGGGGAAGGAACUUGGCAAAGGGGUCACUUUACAGAGGGAGCAGGACUCUCCUCUGCCUGUUCCCCUCGUCAUACUGCCAUACCUGAAACAUGGAGACCUGCGUCGCUUCCUUAUCGCAACACGCUAUGGUGAUAUAUCAAUAUUUGUGCCCCAUCAGAGUCUCCUGCGCUUCAUGAUUGAUAUUGCAGCAGGGAUGAGCUACUUGAGCUCACAGGGGUUUCUGCACAGGGACUUGGCUGCACGCAACUGCAUGCUGGGGGAUGAUCUUAGGGUGUGUGUGGCUGACUUUGGCAUGUCCAAGCAAAUCUACAGCGGCAAUUACUAUCGUCAGAAAGAAGCUAUGCGUGUGCCAGUCAAGUGGAUGUCCAUGGAGAGCCUGUCUGAGUCUUUGUACACCACCAAAAGUGAUGUGUGGUCAUUUGGGGUGACCAUGUGGGAGAUUGUGUCCCGCGGGAGGACUCCUUAUCCAGGAGUCCAUAACCAUGAGCUGCUGGACUUGCUGCUGUGUGGACAUAGGCUCAAACCACCUGAGGAGUGUGACCAGAAACUUUAUGAUGUCAUGUGGAGCUGCUGGGAUAAGGAGCCGAAUCAGAGGCCUGACUUCAGGGAACUGGGUGAAACACUGAAAGGUCUUCUGUCGGAGCUGCCCGUCCUGGAGGCCAGCCAGGAAGCCAGUUACAUCAACCAGGGGCUGGAAGCUGCUGCUGCUGCUGCAGCUUUCUCUCUGGAACACCAGAGAGAAUCUGGAGAAAGAUGGAACAAUGUCUACCUGCCUACACCUAUGGGUGCUUGUGCAGCCAGAGAUGAGGAUGUUGAUGUAGAGAGUGGCUACCUUAAGGAUACGAGUGUUUCAACAGGUAUAAGAAGUGACAAAGAGCAAUUCUGAAUGUUGAUUUAGCAUUGCACGUGUGUAUGUGUGUGUGUGUGUGUGUGUGUGUGUGUGUGAGUAAAAGAGAGACAGAGAUGGGGUUUUUUGUGUAUAAACAGCACAGGGGCCUUUUCAGGCAUACAAGGUUGGCCAUGUGUGCCCUCAUUCCAAAUCUGAAAGUCAAGUCACUGAAACAAAAAUAUCUAUGUGACUUUCUUUUGUAUUAUUUUUAUAAUAUUUUGUACAUUUUGUAUUUUGUAUAUCAUACAGCUGUACAAUGAAAUAUGUUACUAGAAAAGUUUCACAGUUGAAAAUGAUCAAAUUAAUUGCAAUUUUUGAAAGAUUUGAUUUUCGAUUCUUAAAAUCCCAAUAUUGAGCUUUGUAUUUUUGUAUGACAGUCUUUCUUUUAACAUUUAUCAAAUUAUGAAUUAUUUAUAAUAAUAAUC